AUCUAAAAUUGCCUAUGGUCGACAAUAUCCGAUCGAAUGAAACAUGAAACCCCUUCGCGGUAACUGAGCGUAACUUUUUUCUAUUACUCGAUAUACGAUUUAUGUCACACUUGAAUCGAGAACUUGACGAAACUACCUAGAGCUUUUGUAAUCAUUCGCUGCGAUUAUUUUGUUAAUUCCAUAGAAUCGCCUACGAAAAUCGGCGGAAUAUACCGCUACGAAUAUAACAAAAAUGGCGUAUCGUGGUGUAAAGGGAUCCGACCCGUUUGUGUCCAAGACUUCGCGAAAUGAGCGUUUUGCGCAGAUGUCAAAGCAGGAGCAAAUCAUUCAACAGAAAAAGUUGGAGAUCCAAGCGAAGCUGCAAGAGCAGAAGGCGAAGGAAGCCGUAGAAUGCAUGAAAAAGUCGAGUUCGUCAGCCUCGACAAGCACAACGAGCAGUAAAGGCAGUGGUCUAAAAGAAGAAGACGAGAAGCCCACCACGUCCUACUCCAUGAACGUAUUUGCCAACGAUGGUAGUUUUCUCGAUCAGUUUAAGAAAAUGGCUACUAAAGGAGGCGACAGGCAAGAAACGAUACAACAGGACAGAUCCGAGGAUAAAAGGAAGGACGAGAAAAGUUACGAGGGUAGCAGAGACAGGGACAGAGAAAGAAAGCGGAGCAGCGAGAAGAGCAGGGACUGGGAGAGUAGACGGGACCGUAGGAGAAACGAUUCACGGUGGGGACGAAGUUCAGAUAGAAGGCACAGUUCCUCCUCGAGCCCGUCGCCGACGAGGAGACGGUCACCCAGUCCAGAGACGCGUCUCGGUUACAACCAGUCGCAGAAUGGACAGCGGUUGCAGUCCACAAGUUACAAUCAGCAGUUUCCGAUCCAAAGCAACAACCACGUCUCUUCCAUCCCGUCUCUCAUGUCCCAGCCGGUGAUGCAAAUGACGAACAUACCGCCACCUAACAUGAGGAACAUGACGCCGAGCGUGCCGUCCGCUCACAUGCAGAGGGUACCGGUGUCGAAAAAUUUUAACAACAGUUACUCCAGCGUGAACAAUCACUCGAAUAGCGUUCGAAUGCCACUUGCACCAUCGCACGUCAUACGCCCCCCUCCACCCCCUUCGCUCCAGAGCAUUCCACCGAACACGAAUGUCCCGCCGCCGAACAUGCAACUGCCUCAGACCAUGCCGAUGCCGAACUUGUCCCCGGCGUCGAGUGGCCAGCAGCAGCACAUCAUGCAAGGUUCGCAACAGCGCAGCGUGCCGCCUCCGAACAUCCCUCCGCCUAACAUGCCGCCACCGAGCAUCCUGCCGCCGAUGUCGCAAAUGCCACCGAACAUGAUGCCCAUCGCGGGCUCGCAGGCGAUCGUGGUAACGAUGCCGAACGUGGCCAGCGUGCCACCCCCAAAUGUGAUAACGCCCAUGAUAAUGUCAGCGCCACCGCCAGUGCACGCUGUCCCGUCGACAAUCAAUUCGGUCCCACCGCCGAACCUGAACAUCCCUCCGCCGAACAUCCCGCCCCCCACUGUCAUCCCAAACGCGGCACCACCACCACGUGGUCUCGUGUCCGCUGGCUACACUCUUUCUAAUCAGGUACCUCUCACCGUGGGACCACCCAAUGUACAAAUACCGCCACCCGUGAGACCGCCAACCAGCUUGCAAAGCUCCGAGCAACAAGUGUGUCUAGUAGAGGCUGAGCAACUGGCGCGCAUCGUGGCCGACUGCGGGGAUGAAAUUGAACAAGAAGUGCGAGAGAAGAACGCCCAAGAUCCUAAACUAUGGUUUCUGCACCAAAAGCAAAGUGCAGCGUAUCUGCAGUACAGGGGAUUGGUUUCGAAGUUACGUGCCGAGAAACCAGAUAAGCAUAAGGAGAACAGUGGCGCGGAGCUAUAUUGCCCUGAGGAAGCUCUUAGUGACAAUGACGAGGUCGAAAAAUCUCAGAAAUCUCAUGCGAUUCUACACGCAGAUCAGCCGAAGGAUGAUAAUAGGGAAGAACGCAAAAGAAAGAGACGGAGUCGCUGGGGUGACGCAGACACGAAGGUUCUUGUUACCGAUACGAACGUACCUUCCGGUAAUAGGGCGAGCGCUGUACUUCCGCAACCUGGUAUAGCCAUACCGGGACAGAUCGGGCAACCCGCGGUUAUAUUACCUCCUUCAUCAAAAGGGCAACAAGUGAAAUCAAAGAAUCCGAUGCUCACGAAAAUCUCACGGAACGAUCCCGCGCUUAUUCACUAUGCGAGACAGACUUUUGGCACACUCGAGCUGAGCGAAGAACAGUGGAAAAAGGCAGAGGAUCAUUACAAGAUAAAUCUCUUGUACCAAAACCUACUGAGGAAAAGGGAAGAAGUGAAGCGUUUAGAAGCGCAAGGGAAACACAAGUAUGAAUACGAUAGCGAUGAGGAGACGGAAGGUGGUACCUGGGAACACAAACUGCGAUCCGCCGAGAUGGAAGCGACGCAAAUGUGGGCCGAGGAAUUGACCGCACAGGCCGAGGGCAAACAUCACAUUGGCGAUUUUCUACCACCCGACGAGUUGAAGAAAUUUAUGGAGCAAUAUAACGCCGUGAAGCAAGGGAAGGAACCUGACUUGAGUGAUUACAAGGAAUACAAAUUAAAAGAGGAUAACAUAGGGUUUCAAAUGUUACAAAAACUUGGAUGGAGCGAGGGACAAGGUUUAGGUAGCGAGGGUAGCGGUCGUAUCGAACCAGUUAAUAAAGCAACGAAUAGACUCGAUAGUGCGGGUCUAGGAUCUGAGCGACCAGACGGAGUGUCCAGGGACGACGAUGAAUUUGAUGCAUAUAGAAAAAGAAUGAUGCUUGCUUAUAGAUUUAGGCCUAAUCCAUUGAAUAAUCCCAGGAGACCUUAUUAUUAGGAACCAAAAAAAUAUAUAUAUAUACGUGAACAUAUAUAACUCUUUCUACCACAAAUGUAGUAAACGGUCUUUAUUUUGUACAUUUAAAGAUGUAAAUUUCAUUUUAGAAUAUAUUUCUUAUAAAUC